CUCAUCAGGGCGUUAUAACGCGUGACCUUAUCAACAAGGGCAAGCAGAGACAUCACUCUGUCCUCUUCUUUCCCCGCGGAUCCCUCUACCUCGCCCCCCUGGCCCACAGCGCUGUUACCAUGUCUUCUGCGGCGAGGGUUCCACUCCCCCCGGCCCCCGCCAAAGCUCCCAGGAAGAGAGCCAAGUCUCAGAAGAGGAAAACGGGUCCCACACUGUCCGAGCGGAUCCUGAAGGCCGCGUCCGCGUCCUCGGAGCGCGGCGGCGUGUCCCUGGCAGCCCUGAAGAAGGCUUUGAAGGCCGGUGGAUACGACGUGGUGACGAACAAAGCCAGAGUCCUCACCGCCAUUAAACGCCUGGUGGCCAGUAGAUCGCUUGUCCAAACCAAGGGCACCGGAGCCGCCGGCUCCUUCAGGCUGAACAAGAAGCCCCCUUCUCCUCGGAAGACGGCGGUGAAGAGGAAGACAAAGAAGCCGAAGGCAAAAAGGGUCAAGAGGACCAGCCCGAGGAAAGCAGCUGGAGAUGAUGCCACUCCAGCUGCCAAGAAGUCCCCCAAGAAAAGAAGGAAGUCUAAGAGUCCCGUAAAGAGUCCUAAAAGGGCCAAACGCAGGACUGCCAAGUCCACCAGGACCAGAGCCGCUGCUGCUAAGAAGUGACAACAAACCCUGGAUGCCUAAACGCCUCUGUGGACCAACAUUCUGCGAAUAUUUGCCAAGAACUUCAGCGGGCUUCAUCCAAAAUUGAAAACACUGAGCAUGCAGUUUUUAUGAUGUUCUAUUUUGUUCUGAUUUGGUCUGUAAAGAACUGAAUUGCAAUUUAUUCAAUAUAAUAAACAUAUAUACAUUUACA